AUGACAGAAUCAAAAGAAGCAAUUGUUUCCAAUACACACAAUUCAUUUUCUCUAUGCAUUCGAUAUACGGAGGUCGCCUUCAAAAUAAAUGCGUCGACAGGGAUCUUACCCCUGCUGCCACAGGCGCUAAGGUGGCAGGGGGUCAACACAGCCAAUUUUUAUAUUGCAACGCGUGCGCUGGUAGUCAGCCUUAAGGCUUAUGCUGGAAAGACGACCCUGGAGGUAGCUGGGUUGACUGGUCUAUCGGCUUCCCAGGUCAAUAGGCUGUACGCCCGGGCGAUUGAACGUGGUUUUGAUCCUGUUCUCCGACCAAUUGAUAUCAAAGAUGCAUAUCUUGAAGAUACUCCCGGCCGUGGCCGGCCCUCCAAACAGACCUCAGAAAACAAGGACUUGAUCGUAGCCAAGCUACAACUUGAUAGGAAUACCAAUGUCAGAGACCACAGUUCUUCGUAUCUUAAAGAAGGCCAGGUUCCGGAAGACGAAGCCGACGAGGAAGCCUGGAUUGACGAAGAAGAUGCGCUCUGA